UGACCUGAAAAACCAUCGUCUGCAAGUAGCAUCCGUCAAAUGCAGACGUGUUAUUCUUCCUAACUGCCUCUGCGCUGCUUUAUUAAACUGUUGUACACUGCGCAUGAUUUUUCCCCUGGGGCCACGCAUGCUUUCAGGUUCUCUGUUGCAUUGUUAACUAUUUAAGCAUUAAACUGGGGCUGAGAUGGCAGGUGGGAAAGGCCGAGGGACUUGAUCUCCUCCCUGCCAGAGUUCUCCGCUUUCACUAGUGCUGCUUACAUUGAACGGCUUAAGAAUAAGCUCCUGUGUGAGCCCUCAGAGGCCAAGGAGUAUUGUUGAAUUCAGAAAGGAAUCUCUUUCUUUUAGUGAUAAUUUGAAUAUUUUGACAAUGAAGCUAAGCUACUCCACUGCCUGGUUUGCGUACUUCAUGUCAUGUGCGCCUUUUCUAGUGAAGCAGAAGAGAGCCUCUGCCUCUCUUCAUAAAUUCAUAAAUUGGUAUUGUCCAUUGAUGAGAUGGGUAGGAGCAAAGGAGGAAUCAUCCAGAAGAAUUGUACUCUCUUGCUUUAAUGUUUUUUACAGCUCUUAAAAAAAAUUAAUAUAGGCCUUUGGAGACCACCCAAUUAAACCACCACGAUAAAGGUUGAGUAUUUUGAGAAGAGAGCUUGACCAUGAGGAUAAUUUGUGAAGUGUUUAUGCAUCUGCAAAGCAAGGAGUACGUUUAAAACAAAUACUCUGGGUGAUUGAGAGAACCUACUCACCUCCAGUAUUUCCCCUAAAUUGUGGUGGAUUAUUUUAAAACUUUAGUUGUCUGAAAAUGGCCUUAAUUUUCCUGUUUUUAACUUAAUUUUCCUGUUUAAUAACUUAUAUUAUUCAAAAUAAAUGGACAUAGCCUUUUUGAGCAAAUUAAGAGAAGAAAACAGGCGACCAAGUGAAUAAAUCGCUUAGGUGAGAUAUAUUAGGCUGUUACAUAAUAGAUUUACCUUUGCACCAGUGAUGAGAAUCCCGAAAAGCUUCCCCCCUAAGAGGAUCGACUGGUUAGAAUAGUCUUAGUUGGAAGAAGCCAACUUUUAUAAUUGGUGAACAGAGAUACCCGUUUCCAAAUGCUCACCAGGGAUCAGUGGUGGGAAGCUGGCUGUAGACCUUUCUGGAGACUUGGUGAAAACAUAAGUUCCCAGGGCCCCAGCGACGCUGUCAGUCAGUGUUCGUUUGUACUGUGGCCUAGGAAUCUGUAUUUUUAAAAGAUUGCCCUGGUAAUUCUAACGUAUAGCCAGGUUUGGUAACCAUGGAAUUGUAUAUGCAAAUUGGAGACUUCAGCCUUUUCGCCCUGCACGGUUGAUAAAUCUAUAUGAAGAUACGAAGCUUUUUAUGUGAGGCUUUUGUUGAAAAUGAAUGUCUACUGUUUAUUGCUGAUUUUUUUCAAUUCAUAAUUGUUUUAGGUUCUGUUAUUACAUAGAUUUGCAUACCUGUUUUAUGGUAUUCUAAUACUGUUGAUUUUUUAAAAAUGCUAUUUCCUCUGAGUUCUAUUUUGAAUAUUUUAUGUAAGCAAUUUCAUGGUUGUUGUUUUUUUUUCUACUUGCAGAAAGCAGGGGAAAACAUCAGGGUUUUUCUAAUCCAGUUGCAAGUAGGACAAAGGAUAUAAUAUAAAUACUUAAAGAUCUUCCUGGGCAAGAUUACAUGAGACGUUGAAAACCUUUUAAGUUACAACAUUAUGAACUUCAGCACACCUUUUAAAUAUAUCAGAUGAUCUAAAUGUUACAGACUUUUGCCAUAUGGUGUAUCUGAGACAUUUAAAAAUUAAGGGUGGUGGGUCUACUGAAGUAUUAUACUGUAGGAUUUUAACAUCUGAACUUGAUCUAUCAUCUAUUAAAAUGCCUAAAAAGCAGGAGAAAAUCUCCUCCACACAUUAGCAGUUGUGUAUGUGUUUGUGCUCUUGAAGUAAGCAAGCUCAAGUUGCCACGUAAGCGGGGGUGGGGGGCAGGGGGAGUGUUUUUCUAGCUUCGUUCACUUAAGGUGUGCAAGAUCUCUUCUUACAGGUUUGAAGCCUCAAACUUCUGAGAGGUCUCCCUGACUGCCUUCGAGCUGAUGUUUCCUGUCGCCGAGUAGACAGUUUGGUGGUCCAGGACGUGCCCCAGCUCUAGUGAUGCCGAUUGCCUUUCCGCUCUGGAACCUCAUCCAUGCCUCAGACUUGCUCCUCUCAACCUGAGACUGCGUGGAAACUGGGAUGUGGGAAGCAGGAAGCAGAGAUAGUGGUAACUGAGAGGCCCAUGUCUGGGUAGAACCAGGUCCGGGACCACAACGCUGCCUCCCCCCUGGCCUGGCGGUCAGCUGCUGUGGCUCUGCUGAUGUGCUCAGCACCGUCCUUCUAUUUGUACUUAAAUGGCACAGCAUUUGGUCAGCGCAUCUGAAAAGGAAGGUGUGAGAGACAAAGCCCAUGGCCACCUACCCCUGCCAAUUAUGUGGCAAGACGUUCCUCACCCUGGAGAAGUUCACUAUCCACAAUUAUUCCCACUCCAGGGAGCGACCUUACAAGUGCUUGCAGCCAGACUGUGGCAAAGCCUUCAUUUCCAGAUAUAAAUUAAUGAGGCACAUGGCUACCCACUCGCCCCAGAAAUCCCACCAGUGCGCUCAUUGUGAGAAGACUUUCAACCGCAAAGACCACCUGAAAAACCACCUCCAGACGCACGACCCCAACAAAAUGGCCUUUGGGUGCGAGGAGUGCGGGAAGAAGUACAACACCAUGCUGGGCUACAAGAGGCACCUGGCCCUGCACGCGGCCAGCAGUGGCGACCUCACCUGCGGGGUCUGUGCCCUGGAGCUAGGGAGCACGGAGGUGCUGCUGGACCACCUCAAGGCCCACGCGGAAGAGAAGCCCCCGAGUGGAGCCAAGGAGAAGAAGCACCAGUGCGACCACUGCGAAAGAUGCUUCUACACCCGGAAAGACGUGCGGCGCCACCUGGUGGUCCACACAGGCUGCAAGGACUUCCUGUGUCAGUUCUGUGCCCAGAGGUUUGGGCGCAAAGACCACCUCACGCGACACACCAAGAAGACACACUCACAGGAGCUGAUGAAAGAGAGUCUGCAGUCCGGAGACCUUCUGAACACCUUCCACUCCCUCUCUCCGCAGUUCCAGCUGAAGGCCGCCCCACUGCCUCCUUUCCCUUUAGGGGCUCCUGCACAGAACGGGCUUGCAAGCGGCCUGCCAGCUGAGGUACACAGCCACACCCACGGCCCCUCGGAGCAAACCUCCCAGCCUGUGCCAGCGCUGCCAGAGCUCCUGGCCCCGCUGCACCCCGUAGCAUCCCCCAGCUCUCCUCCCCCACCCCUCCAGAGUCACAAGUACAACACCAGUUCUACCUCAUACUCCCCACUUGCAAGCCUGCCCCUCAAAGCGGAUACUAAAGGAUUUUGCAAUACCAAUUUGCUUGAGGACUUGCCUCUGCAAGAGCCUCAGUCACCUCACAAGCUCAACCCAGGUUUUGAUCUGGCCAAGGGAGGUGCUGGUAAAGUAAACCUGCCCAAGGAGCUACCUGCAGACGCUGUGAACCUAACAAUACCUGCCUCUUUGGACCUUUCCCCUCUGUUGGGCUUCUGGCAGCUGCCCCCUCCUGCUACCCAAAAUGCCUUUGGGAAUAGCAGUCUCACCCUGGGGCCUGGGGAAUCUCUGCCCCACAGGUUAAGCUGUCUGGGGCAGCAGCAACAAGACCCCUCACUCGCCAUGAGCACUAUGAGCCUGGGCCAGCUCCCCCUGCCCCCCAUCCCCCAUGUUUUCCCAGCUGGCACUGGUUCAGCUAUCCUGCCUCAUUUCCACCAUGCAUUCAGAUGACUGGUUUUUAAAGCGUACCGUUCUUAUUCUGGAAGAUGUUUUAAGAAGCAUUUUAAACAUCAGUUAUGAUACAAGGAAAGAGUUAGAAAGCAGGACUGGAAUAUGGCUUAUUCAGUGAUGACUGGCUUGAGAGAAGAGAGUUCUCGAACUGCAUGUAUUGUGCCAAUCUGUCCUGAGUAUUCAUGCUUUGUACCAAAUUUAAUAAGCAAGUAUUCUUUAAUGGAACUGCAACCAUUGUCAUAACCGACAUCCAUACGAGGGCUGCUAUAUAUAGGUGUUUGUCAAAUUGAACUUAAUCGUAAGCCAUGAUCAUAAUAAUGUUAACUAAAUAACUUUAUGUGGCACUGCCUAGUAAGGGAACUAUGGAAAGGUUUGGAUUUCUCCAAAAUGGGAGAAUUUUUAAAAUAAGAAAAUAACCUUUAUAUUGCAUAUUAUGACUAGGCUGUGUAUUUCUUUUCAGGGAUUUUUCUACCUUCAGGGUUGGAUGUAGUUUAGUUACUAUUGCCAUAGCCAACCUAUAGUUUUACAGAAACAAUUUCUUGUGGAAUAAUAGAUGUCUCCAUUUUAAAAAAGCAUUUUAAAUGUAGUUUGAAUAUUUUCCACAGGAUGCUACAAUGUGAGUUAUCACUUCAUUUAUCUUAAAGACUAAACUGAUUGUCAGUUACAUCUGACAGAAAAAAAAAAAAUCACUGUGUAACCAGGUUAAGCGGUAAAAUAAUCCAGGCGUCAGUCAAAAAAGGCAUUUUACUGACUUUAAUAUUGAUUAUAUUUUUAACAGGAAUUUAAGAAUAUUACUGGAAUUAAAAAUAUAUAUAUAUAUAUAUUAAACAAGAAUUUCCUUUGCUCUGUCUGGCUUAAAAUACUACUCUGCUUAAGUAUUUUUAAUCACCAAUAAGUAAAUGCAUUUUAAAAUUCAUCAUUUAAGUCAAUAUUAGUUUUAUUCAAAAAAGAUAACGUUUUACAAUGUAACUAUAAUCUAUCUCUUGAAUUUGGUAUCUAAUGAGUUUUUAAAAUAUAAAACCUAACCUUUUUUUAAAGCUCCUUUGUCUUUUGUGUUUAGAGGCUUUCUAUAUGAAGAUAUAUCUUACGUAUAAUAAACUCUACAAAUUCUG